AUGGCCAGGGUGGGAACUGUCUUCAGUGAUCCUUUUUGCUCUGGAGAGGUAUCAGGAGUCAGCAAUGUCUUCAAAGGUAAAGACUUUGCUGGAUAUGUGUCUGGCAAAAGAUACUGCGGAGCAUUCUACAUUGAUCAGCUACAGCUCUUCUUUGCAGCAGGACAACCCAGGCCUCCACCCACUCCUUCCCAAGUCCACCUUCAAGGCUCGGUCCAGCAGGAUCAUCACCUGAUUGAUGUUAAACAGAAGUUAACUGAGGCACAGGAGAGGGUGGAUGAAUUGCAGAGAAAAUUGCGAAAUGCCAGGGAUCGAGAAAGAAGGCACACUAAAACAGUGAAAUCCCUGCUCCAGGAUUUAAAAGAGAAAAACCUGCUUACAGAGGAACUGCAGCACAAGCUGGAUUCGUAUUCAGAUCUUCCAGUUGAACUCUUCAAGAAGGACUGUGUCUUCACCCAGGCUCAAAGGGAAUUUUCUCUCACGCUGCAUUUGCAUGGACCCAAAGCCUACAAAUACCUGAGAGAAACAAUGAAGAUACCACUCCCACAUCCUCACACUCUACAAAGGUGGUUGCAGACUGUGGACGCCAAGCCUGGCUUAAACACUUCACUUUUAGAUAUGCUGCAACAACAAAAAAAUGACGAUCCGGCAAGAUUCGGUGAAGUGUGCCUUAUGGUGUAUGACUCUCACACCCAAAAAAUGACAGGCUUUGUCAAUCUUGGAGACGGAAUGGAUGAGACCAGUGUGGCAAGUGAUUGA